CUGCCGCCUCUAGUGGCCAUUAUCACAACUAUAAGAACAACAAAAUAAUAUGGCAAGACUAUCACGCUUACCUUUGUUUUAAAUAUUAAUACUUUUUUUUUUAAGAGAGAAUUGAUUUUCAAAAUUCGUUCUUAUGUGACUACAGCUGGAGAAAUCUGAUACAAAUUAAACAUUUACUUUUAAACCAUUGUAUUUACGGUUUUUGAGUUAGCUUGGUGUAUUGUUUGUCGUGAAAAGGAUGGAAUCGAUUGCAUCAGUACGAAGAAAUGUUCCUAUAGCUCAACAGCAAGAAUAUUUAUUGCAAGGAAGCAUUAUGGACACUUCUUGCGAAGUUCUCCUCCAUCGUUUGAGAGGUCUUUGCGAUAAUGCUGAUACUACUCCCGAAACUUUUCACGAUUAUGAAAUUGUUUUUCAAAUUAGAGGACCCACAGGUACACCUCUUGUUCUUCGAACUCGUCAAGCUUUAGAUCACAUAGGAAUGCCUUGGCAUACAAGAUAUGUAGGCCAGCCAGAAGUUGGAGAUAAAUCUAGAGCAACUCUGGUUCGUAGUUGUAUUGAUGUAGGCACCUCAAGUAAUAUUGUACAGUUUUUGAAUGAGUUGGGAUUUAGAGCUGACUACGAAUUUGUACUAAAAGGAUACAUGUUUCGUAAAGGAAGAAUGAAAGUAACUGUAGCUAAAGUUUGCAAGAUUUUACAACAAGGUAACCCAGAAAGUAUUGAGCCAGUAUCACAGUCUUACUUAGUGGAAUUAAGUGUAGUAGCACCUGCUGGACAGGAUGCUCUUGCUGAUGAAAUGAAAGCCUUUGCUGAACAACUGAAACCGCUUGUACAACUGGAAAAGAUAGAUCAUCGAAGACUGCAUAUGUAAAUUUCAUCCUGAAGAAAAACAAACAGGAUUCAGAUAUUUGUAUUUUACAAGAAAAUAUUUUAUUUCUUUUUUAAAUGAUCACUUUUCACAAUUACAUAAAGAUUUCUUUCUCCCAUAUAAAAAUAUGGGUGAAAGG